AUGGACACGGUUGAACGCAUCGGCAGUCAGGAUGGCUCAGGCCUUGCGGAACUGCGACGUGUCAGCCGAAAGGCGCAUGAAGCCGUGGAUGAAGCUUUUUCGCGUUUCGAUCUUGCGGAUGGAGAAUCCUACGGUGCGUUUCUGACGGCUCAUGCAGGCGCGCUUCUGACGGCCGAGACCUAUCUCGCGAAGCACGCGGGCGUACUGCCGUCAUGGCGUUCACGCUCGGAACUGCUGAAAGAGGAUCUGCGGCAGAUGGGGCGUGAAGUUCCUGCGGCGCGUCAGGAUGUCUUUCCCGAGCAUGACGGCAUGGCGCUGGGCGUGCUGUAUGUUCUGGAGGGAUCACGCCUUGGCGGCCGGGUGUUGUCGGCUCGUGUGGGCGAGGGUUUGCCGCGUGCGUAUCUGUCGGCGUUCCAUCAGAAAGGGGAAUGGCCGGAGUUUCUGGCACAUCUGGAGCACUCUCUGAACGAGAGCGAUGUGGCGCA